AUGAUGAAGACAUUUGAGAUGACCGACCUUGGGUUGAUGAACUAUUUCCUCGGUAUAGAGGUGAAACAACAAGAAGACGGCAUAUUUAUCUCUCAAAAGAAAUAUAUUGAAGCCCUAUUGAAGAAGUUCAAGAUGUAUGAUUGUAAACCUGUCGCUACUCCAUUGGUGGUAAAUGAGAAACUACAAAAAGAUGAUGGAGCACAAGAAACAGAUGCAUCACGCUACAGAAGUUUGAUUGGAAGUCUCUUAUAUCUCACAGCCACAAGACCAGACAUUAUGUAUGCCACAAGUCUUCUAUCAAGAUUCAUGCAAAAGCCAAGUCAGAUUCAUUAUGGAGUAGGGAAAAGAAUUUUAAGAUAUCUACAAGGCACAAAGAGUUUGGAAUAUGGUACAAAACCAUGA